CCUGCCCGCAGUGGAUGGUGAAGUCGAAGGUGAUCAGCGAGCUGCAGGAGGCCUGCUGGGAGAUGAUGACGGCCAUGGCCAGCGACAUCAUCCUCCUCCUGGACUCGGACAACGACGGCAUCCGCACCCACGCCAUCAAGUUCGUGGAGGGGCUGAUCAUCACCCUCUCGCCCCGCAUGGCCGACUCCGACGUCCCCAAGCGCCACGAGAACGACAUCAGCCUGGAGCGCAUCCCCAAGGACCACCCCUACAUCAAAUACAACGUGCUGUGGGAGGAGGGCAAGGCCGCCCUGGAGCAGCUCCUCAAGUUCAUGGUGCACCCGGCCAUCUCCAGCAUCAACCUGACGGCCGCGCUGGGCUCCCUGGCCACCAUCGCCCGCCAGCGGCCCAUGUUCAUGGCCGAGGUCAUCCAAGCCUACGAGACCCUCCACGCCAACCUGCCCCCCACCCUGGCCAAGUCGCAGGUGAGCAGCGUCCGGAAGAACCUGAAGCUGCACCUCCUGAGCGUCCUGCGGCACCCCUCCUCGGGGGACUUCCAGCCCCAGAUCACCACCCUGCUGGUCGACCUGGGCACCCAGCAGGCCGAGAUCGCCCGCAGCAUGCCCAGCCCCCGCGACACCCGCAAACGGCCCCGCGACGAGCCCGACGCCACCCUCAAGAAGAUGAAGAUCGAGCCCCCCCUGGGUGAGGACGACGAGGACAAGGACCUGGAGCCGACGCUGGUGGCGGCCCCCAAAGCCGGCGGCCAGGCCAACGUCCCCUCGGACACGGACAUCACGGCCGAGUUCCUGCAGCCCCUGCUCACCCCGGAGAACGUCGCCAACCUGGUGCUGAUCAGCAUGGUGUACCUGCCCGAGGCCAUGCCCGCCUCCUUCCAGGCCACCUACACCCCGGUGGAAUCGGCCGGCACCGAGGCGCAGAUCAAACACCUCGCCCGCCUCAUGGCCACCCAGAUGACGGCGGCGGGGCUGGGCCCGGGCGUGGAGCAGACGAAGCACCUGAAGGAGGAGCCGAAGGAGGAGAAGGCGGCCAAGCCGGAGAGCGUGGUCAUCAAGCGGCGGCUCUCGGCGCUGGCCCAGGGCCAGGCCAUCUCCGUGCUGGGUGCCCAAGGCUCGGCCACCAACCCGCUGGAGGAGGAAGCCCCCCAAGCCAAACGCCGCCCUGAGCCCAUCAUCCCAGCCACGCAGCCCCGGCUGGCGGGUGCCGGUGGCCGCAAGAAGGUUUUCCGCUUGGCCGACGUCCUGAAGCCGCUGAGCGACACGCAGAUGGAGAAGCUGAAGCUCAACGCUGUCAAGCGCAUCUUGCGCGCCGAGCGCGCCGUGGCCUGCAGCGGGGCCGCCCAGGCCCGUGUGAAGAUCCUGGCCUCGCUGGUGACACAGUUCGAGGUGCCGCUGAAGAGCGAGGUCCUGGCCUUCAUCCUGGACGACGUCCGCGGCCGCCUGGACCUGGCCUUCGCCUGGCUCUUCCAGGAGUACAACGUCUACCUGAGCCAGCUCCCCGCCGGCAGCCUGGAGCGCUACGACCAGUGUCUCAUCGGGCUCCUCGCCGGCCUCCAGGAGAAGCCUGACCAGAAGGACGGGAUCUUCACCAAAGUGGUGCUGGAGGCGCCGCUGAUCACCGAGAGCGCGCUGGAGGUCAUCCGCAAGUACUGCGAGGACGAGAGCCGGACCUACCUGGGCAUGUCCACGCUGCGCGACCUCAUCUUCAAGCGGCCGUCCCGGCAGUUCCAGUACCUGCACGUCCUGCUGGACCUCAGCUCCCACGAGAAGGACAAGGUCCGCCAGCAGGCCCUGCUCUUCAUCAAGCGCAUGUACGAGAAGGACCAGCUUCGGGAGUACGUGGAGAAGUUCGCCCUCAACUACUUGCAGCUCCUGGUGCACCCCAACCCACCUUCCGUCCUCUUCGGGGCCGACAAGGACACAGAGGUGGCGGCGCCGUGGACGGAGGAGACCAUCAAGCAGUGCCUCUACCUCUACCUGGCGCUGCUGCCCCACAACCACAAGCUCAUCCACGAGUUGGCUUCUGUCUACACCGAGGCCAUCGCCGACAUCAAACGCACCGUCCUGCGGGUCAUCGAGCAGCCGAUCCGUGGGAUGGGGAUGAACUCGCCCGAGCUGCUGCUGCUGGUGGAGAACUGUCCCAAGGGAGCCGAGACGCUGGUGACGCGCUGCCUGCACAGCCUGACGGACAAAGUGCCCCCCUCGCCCGAGCUGGUGAAGAGGGUCCGUGAUCUCUAUCACAAGCGGCUGCCGGACGUGAGGUUCCUCAUCCCUGUCCUCAACGGGCUGGAGAAGAAAGAGGUGAUCCAGGCCCUGCCCAAACUCAUCAAGCUCAACCCUAUCGUGGUCAAGGAGGUCUUCAACCGCCUGCUGGGGACGCAGCACGGUGACGGUGCCUCGGCCGUGUCCCCGCUGAACCCGGGGGAGCUGCUCAUCGCCCUCCACAACAUCGACUCUUCCAAGUGCGACAUGAAGUCCAUCAUCAAGGCCACCAACCUGUGCUUCGCCGAGAGGAACGUCUACACCUCGGAGGUGCUGGCGGUGGUGAUGCAGCAGCUGAUGGAGCAGAGCCCCCUGCCCAUGCUGCUGAUGCGCACCGUCAUCCAGGCCCUCACCAUGUACCCCCGCCUGGGCGGCUUCGUCAUGAACAUCCUCUCCCGCCUCAUCAUGAAGCAGGUGUGGAAGUACCCCAAGGUGUGGGAGGGCUUCAUCAAGUGCUGCCAACGCACCAAGCCCCAGUCCUUCCAGGUGGUGCUCGACUGGGGCGUGGUUUCGGCUGGGGGCGUGGCUUUGGGCCCAGAGAGGGCGUGGUUUGUACUCGUGUGGGCGUGGUUUGUGCCCGCCGGGGGCGUGGUUUCGUCUGUGCGGGGCGUGGCCACGCGUGACUCAGCGCGUUGCCAUGGCAGCGGCGGCGGCGGCGGAGGGGGGGGGCGGCGUUAA